AAAAAAAAACAGGAAACUGCCAAGUUACAGUCCUCGUGCACCGUAGAUGAAUUUUAAAGAUGUGUCCGCUUGUAAAACUUGGAGUUUUCCGAGUUUUGUGGCUUUUUGUUGUGUUUAACUCGGUGCUAGCGCUGGACACCGGCAUGCUCUUCCCCCGGGAGUCUUCCUCCAGAGAGGUGAAGGAGCUGAACGGGCUGUGGGUUUUCAGGGCUGACAGGUCCCCAAAUAGGAACCAGGGCUUCGAGCAGGCUUGGUACAAAAGCCGUCUGGUAGAGACUGGCCCUGUGAUCGACAUGCCAGUUCCUGCCAGCUACAAUGACAUCACACAGGACCCAACUUUGAGAAAUUUCAUUGGCUGGGUGUGGUAUGAACGUGAGGUGGUGGUGCCUGCUCGCUGGAUCGCAGAUGAGGGCACUCGAAUAGUUCUCAGAGUGGGAAGUGCUCACUAUUAUUCAGUAGUGUGGGUGAAUGGGGUGAAAGUGACAGAGCAUGAGGGUGGUCAUCUUCCUUUUGAAGCUGAGAUAGGCAGUUUAAUCCGGAAGGAUCCAAUCAUGCCAUGCAGGAUAACCAUCGCUGUCAACAACACUCUGACCCUGCAGACUCUGCCUCCAGGCAGCAUCCAGCACAUGAACGACCGCACCAGAUAUCCUGAUGGGUUUUUUGUGCAAAGCAUCUACUUUGAUUUCUUCAACUAUGCUGGGAUACACCGCCCUGUGCUGCUGUACACCACUCCCAAAGUGCAUGUGGAUGACAUCACGGUGGUGACAGACUUCCUGGAUAACAUCGGACUUGUCAAAUAUAAAGUGUCAGUCCAAGGUGCAGCCACAGCCAGUGUGAAGGUCACAUUGAUGGACAAAGGGGGCCAUUGUGUGGCCUCCUCCAAUGAGCCAUCUGGAUUGCUCAAAGUGGUUGACGUUAAGCUCUGGUGGCCAUACUUGAUGCAUGAUAGCCCAGGUUAUCUUUACUCCAUGGAGGUUCGCCUAACGGCAGCCGAUGAGAAAUCAACAUACGAGGAUGUUUAUACUUUACCAGUGGGCAUCCGCACCGUAAACGUCACCAGCACCCAGUUUCUCAUCAACAAUAAGCCGUUCUACUUUCAUGGGGUUAAUAAACACGAGGACGCUGAUAUUCGAGGUAAAGGCUUGGACUGGCCCCUGAUCGUCAAAGACUUUAAUUUACUGAAGUGGUUGGGGGCCAACUCGUUCCGCACCAGCCACUACCCCUAUGCUGAGGAGAUUCUGCAGAUGUGUGACCGUCAUGGCAUCGUGGUGAUAGAUGAGUGUCCAGGAGUGGGCAUCAAAGACAUUCGCAGUUUUGGGAACGCCUCUCUGGCCCACCACCUGGUGGUCAUGGAUGAGCUUGUACGGCGGGACAAGAACCAUCCCUCUGUGGUCAUGUGGUCAGUAGCCAAUGAGCCUGCGGCAGAGAUGCCGCCAGCUGAAGAAUAUUUUAAGACUUUGAUAAAGCAUACCAAAGCUCUGGACACUACCCGCCCUGUCACCUAUAUCACAGACAGUAACUAUGCAAGGGACAAAGGGGCUCCUUUUGUGGAUGUAAUCUGCGUGAAUAGUUAUUUUUCCUGGUACCAUGAUCCAGGCUACGUGGAGGUUAUCCCGAUCCAGCUCAACACGCAGUUUGAGAACUGGUAUGGAAAGUACCAGAAACCGAUCAUCCAGAGCGAAUACGGAGCAGAUGCAGUGGCGGGGGUUCACAAUGACCCCCCGUUGAUGUUUACUGAGGAGUACCAGAAGGUAGUGCUGCAGAGCUACCACGAUGUGUUCGACCAGAAGAGGAAGAAAUACGUUAUUGGCGAACUCAUCUGGAACUUUGCCGACUUCAUGACCACACAAGGGAUUACUCGUGUGGUGGGGAACAAAAAGGGUAUUUUCACCCGACAAAGGCAACCCAAAGCAGCAGCUUUCAUCCUGAAAGAGAGGUACUGGAGACUGGCUAAUGAAACGGGCCAACUCCCCAUUUGGACCAAAUACCCUUGCCAACUCUGACAGUGUUUGGGUAUCCAUACCAAGAUGAGCUCAAACUCAUGUAAAACCAAGGCUUUCUGAAGAAAUUACAAUUUAAUUCAGUGUGUAGAAUAUUUCAGCAUCAGUAGUCCACACCAACACAUCUGCAGUCAAACUUCAUCUUACGUGCAGACUUUAAGCUUUAAUUCAAAGGACUGAAUUUAAAUUAAAUACCACCCCUUACAAUGGGUUUGAAAAUAUAACUCCAAAUAAAAUAAAAUCUUUAAAAAGUCAAAUGACUAUUUCAAGUCUUAUGCUGCGCUUACACCAGAAGACUUUUACAAGAUUUGCAAAAGACUAGAAAAAUACCAGCUCACAUCUAAAGUCUCAGCCUGUGAUUUGACAAAGACUGAGUCACUAUUUACAGACUACAACUAGAUUAUUUUAACGUGUUUUUUGUGAUAUGUUGGACAGCUGAUAUGGAGCAGGGCUUAUCUGCCUACAGCAAAGCAAGCAAGGGGAGAGUUUCCCUCCAGGAAUUACACAUCAUCCUUAUUAAGUGUGGCUUUGCAUCUGCACCAGGUGUUACACCGACUCGCCAGAAUCUGGAGGAUGAAUGAGUUUCUAUUCUCUUCUCAU